AUGCGGCCCGGGAAAGCCGGGAAUGCGGCCCGGGAAAGCCGGGAAUGCGGCCCGGGAAGCCGGAGCAUCCCGGCCAGGGACCAGGUUCUCCGGAUCAUGGCCAGGGACGAGGAGCAGGCGGCCCUGCUGAGGAUGCUGGGAGAGCAGGAGGAGCUCCAGCUGGAUUUCUGGCAUCGCCCCUUCGGCCCCGGCCACCCCGCCGACCUGAGGGUGCCCUCCCCCAGCCUCGGGGCAGUGAAAGGCUUCCUGGAGUCCCACAGUUUUCCCUACACCGUCAUGAUCGAGGACGUGCAGAAAUUACUGGAUGAGGAAAAGGAAGCCAUGGCGAGGUCCAGGAGGGUGAAGAGAAGCUCCAGGGCGUUCGAUUUCGGCUCCUACCACACCCUGGACGAGAUCUACUCCUGGAUGGAUACCUUGGUGGAGGAUCAUCCCGGGCUUGUCAGCAAGAUCCGGAUCGGGCAGAGCUACGAGGGCAGAGACCUGCUGGUGCUCAAGGUGGGUCCUGGGGGUGGGUCCUUCCCCCUUUUGGCAGGAGGAGAGGACAUGGCCUCCAAGAUCGCCGAGGAGUACGGGCGGGACCCCUCCGUCACGGCCCUCCUGGACAACAUGGACGUCUUCCUGGAGAUCAUCGCCAACCCCGACGGCUUUGUCUUCACCCACAGCUCCGACCGCAUGUGGCGCAAGACCAGGUCCCCCAACACCGGGUCCACCUGUCUCGGCGUCGACCCCAACAGGAACUGGGACGCGGGGUUCGGAGGUGAUGGCUCCAGCGGCGAUCCCUGCUCCGACAUCUACCACGGCCCCUUCCCGCACUCGGAGAGGGAGGUCAAGGCCAUCGUGGACUUCAUCCGUGGCCACGGGAACGUGAAGUCCGUCAUCUCCAUCCACAGCUACUCCCAGAUGCUGCUCUUCCCCUACGGAUACACGUCGGUGCCCUCGCCCGACUACCAGGAAAUGGAUUUUGGUCCACCAGAUCCCACCACUUUUGGGCUCUAG